AGAUCUCCUGGAGCGCUUAGAACAUGCGCGCAGCUUCCGUGACGGUCAGGUAACCCUAACCAGGUACGCGCGUACCUUUGGCGCAGGCGGGGACUCCGAAGCGCCCGCCCCGCUUCCUCCACCCGCUGGGAGGGCGGGGUCUCUCUCUGGGGCAGAGACGCGCAGCGCAAGGAGACUUCGCGGCCGACCGACACCAGGCGGGGCAAGGAGGCGGCUGCGAGUCUUGGAGGGUUAAGGCGAACUCCGUCAGCCGGCCAAGCGCGCGUUGGUGGGCGCCGGUAGGAUGCGCUCCGGGUAGGGGCCGAGGAAAGGGCAGUUUCGACACGGCACCCCAUGUUGGCUUGUUGAGGAGGGAAGGCAAGAUGAACGGGGCCGAAAGCAUCAAUUUCAGGCGGAUGGCCAUCCGUAGGAAAUCCAGCCCCAGCUUGCACAGCUCGGCCUUCGUCUUCCAGAGCCCCGCCACCGCUUCGCUUCAGUCCCCCACGGCGCUCCCGAGGGGAGUGGGACCGGCGGCGGCGGCGGCGGCGGCGCCAACAGCAGCAGGUGGCAGUACGUGUCCAAAGAUCUUAGUUACUCCAACCUACUCUUUAAACAGUACGACUAGGCUGUACAAGCCAAGCAUCUGCAAUGAAGUGGUUCAAGGAGUAAAUGGAAACGAUCCAGUUAAGUAUUCUCCGUGGCCAGCUUCAAACUCAAAGCCACAAGUGCCUCCAAAGCCAUUACAUCUGCAGAAUUCACAGUCAUCCAUUACCCACCAAACCCCUAAGUCUAAAGCUUUGUAUACCACGAAGCCAAGAAUGGAGGAAAUUACACCUAUCUCUUCUUGUGUCUCGAAAGAAAAAUCUAGUAAAGUGUCUGAUCUCAUCAGUCAUUUUGAAGGAGGCAGCACAUCCUUUCCCAAUGAACUGAAGAAAGACUCUUCUGUUUUAAAUGUUGGUAAACCUCAAGGAAAGUAUGGACCAGGGCCAUCACCUCAGCCAAAAUUCCUCACCCAGCAUCCCCUACACGAGCAGGGAAAGAGUAGAGAUUGGUCUCAGGAUGUACAGAAUCACACAGCCAAUGGCAUAAUAGCACAGAAUCAGUGGGACUGCCAAGACAAGGGGUCUGCCUACCGUGCCUGCAGAAACAUUCAAAAUGACUGUGAUGCAGUUGAUAGCAGUUUGGUAAAUGGAGAAAGAGGGAACACUAGUACGGACUCAUUGCCAACCACAGCAGCUUGCAAGGGGCAGAAGAUCAAGAGCUAUCACUGGGCUUCAAGUGCAAAUUCAUUUCCAUCUGUAAAAGAAGCUGGAGAGAUGAUUGCCAAUAAGGAAGAGAAGCGGGUUGAGCAAGGCAGUCAGCGAGACCCUAACACAGAGACAAAGGAAACAAAUGAAGAGAAAUGUUACAAAAUUGUCAAUGAGCUUUUGCACACUGAAAGAGCUUAUGUGAGUAGACUUGCUCUCUUGGAUCAGGUCUUUUAUAGCAAACUAAUGGAUGAAGCUAGCAGGGGAUCAUUUCCAGCUGAAGUCGUUAAUAAAAUAUUUUCCAAUAUUUCAUCCAUAAAUCAGUUCCAUAGUCAGUUCUUGCUACCUGAUCUUGAGAAAAGAAUGCAAGAAUGGGACACCAAUCCCAGGAUCAGUGAUAUUCUGCAGAAACUGGCUCCUUUUCUCAAGAUGUAUGGAGAGUAUGUGAAGAAUUUUGACAAUGCAAUGGAGCUGGUAAAAACGUGGACUGAGAGAUCUCCUUGUUUCAAAUCUAUUAUUCAAGAUAUUCAGAAACAGAAAGCUUGUGGAAAUCUGACUUUGCAACAUCACAUGCUAGAACCUGUACAACGAAUUCCAAGAUACGAGAUGCUGUUGAAGGAUUAUUUGAGAAAAUUGCCUGCAGAUUCUCUUGAUUGGAAAGAUGCUGAAAAGUCCUUGGAAAUUAUAUCCACAGCUGCAAGUCACUCUAAUAGUGCCAUUCGGAAAAUGGAAAAUUUGAAGAAGUUACUAGAAGUGUAUGAAAUGUUAGGGGAAGAAGAAGAUAUUGUCAACCCUUCAAAUGAACUGAUAAAAGAAGGGCAAAUACUUAAGCUUGCUGCUCGUAACACAUCAGCUCAAGAAAGAUAUCUCUUCUUAUUCAAUAACAUGUUGCUGUACUGUGUACCAAAAUUCAGCUUAGUGGGAUCUAAGUUUACAGUCCGGACAAGAGUAGGCAUUGAUGGUAUGAAGAUUGUAGAAACCCACAAUGAAGAAUACCCACACACUUUCCAAGUGUCUGGGAAAGAACGAACUUUAGAGUUGCAGGCCAGCUCUGAGCAAGACAAAGAAGAAUGGAUAAAGACUCUUCAGAGUACUAUAGAUGCUUUUCAGCAAAGAAAUGAAACAUUCAGAAAUGCAAUUGCAAAAGAAUACGAUGACAUGCCUAUUGAAGUUUCUACUGCUGAGCUCGGGAAGAGAGCCCCAAGAUGGAUCCGAGACAAUGAAGUGACUAUGUGUAUGAAAUGCAAAGAGCCAUUUAAUGCACUAACAAGGAGGAGACAUCAUUGCCGAGCUUGUGGGCAUGUGGUUUGCUGGAAAUGUUCUGAUUAUAAAGCUCAUCUUGAGUAUGAUGGCAAUAAACUGAACAAAGUCUGUAAAGAUUGCUACCACAUUAUAACAGGGUGCACUGAUAGUGAAGAAAAGAAAAAAAGAGGAAUCUUGGAGAUUGAAUCAGCAGAAGUGUCAGGGAAUAGUGUGAUAUGUAGUUUUCUACAGUAUUUGGAAAAAUCGAAAACAUGGCAAAAGGCUUGGUGUGUGAUACCUAAACAUGAAGCCCUUGUUUUAUAUAUGUAUGGCGCUCCACAGGAUGUCAAAGCCUUGGCUACUAUUCCACUUUUGGGCUACACAGUAGAUGACACCCCAAGAAGUGCUGACCUCCCUCACAGUUUCAAAUUGACUCAGUCUAAGUCUGUGCACAGUUUUGCAGCAGAUAAUGAAGAGCUGAAACAGAAGUGGUUGAAAAUCAUCUAUAUGGCUGUUAAAGGUGAAACACCAGAUUGCUGCAAUGAUUCACAAAUCAGUUUGGAGGAUCAGCAUGAAAGCACUGCAAAACUGGAAUCCGCCAAUGGUCUGUAAAACUGUAUUUCUCCCAUUCAUAUUGGGGUUGACACUACUUCCUAAAACAAAUUUGAAAAUACGCCAGCCUUUCUGCCAUGGUUCUUAGCACUUUAUGUUGGAAAAGAACAAAAAAGUCCAUAUCAUUUUAGACGAAUUGUCCUUAUGUUUAUGUUAUGUCAAUAAAAUUAAUGUACAGAAGCAUUCCACAUUUUCUUUUUAUUCAAUUAAUGUCUUAGCCAAAAAGUCAUCAAUAUUACCCUAAUGCUGUUAUUUCCAAGAUUGUUAUCAUACAACAUAAUACUGUUAGGGAUGAUACAGCUUUUUCAUAAUGAAGUUGAUCACUUGGUAAUUUUCUAUGAAUCAUACAUGUGUGUUUUUAGAUAUACCUCCACAUUGCCAAAUAGAUGUGUAGUGAAAUUUAAAGUUAGAUUAGCUUAUUGUAUUUAAAUUCUCGCACUAUUUACACUAAUGUGUAUAUAAAAACUAUACGUUUUUGUUUGUGAACCAAACAAUAUUCAGAGUAUCUAAACAUUUCAAACGAUCUAUUUAAAAAAUUAAUUCUUUCCUGUUAAAACUUUUUUAUUGAACAAUAAGAACAUUAUAUACUGUUUGCAGGGUAUGUUUUUACAGGAAAAUGUACUAUAAUCAAUUUUGAUUUAUCUUCAUGAUACUAAAUUUAUGCUUGCCUAUGAUUUUUAAAAAUGAAGCAUGCAUCCUCUAGAAUUUAAGCAAAAAAUUCUACAUUUAAGAGACAAUUGGUGGUUUGUUUAUAUAGAAUAAUAUUGGUAUUUUUAUACAUUAAUACAGAACUGGAAAAAGUAGUAAAGGCAUGUACUGGAUGUAUAGAUUCUAGCUUUGAUUUGAAAAGCGUAACUUCUCAGUUCUGUUACCUUUGGAAAGUGGUCCUACAUUUCUAAAAUUAUAAAUGCUUUAGUAAUUAUCAGCUUAAUCUUAAACAAUGUCUUGUGAUAUCUCUUUUCCCUUUAUAUUAGAAUAUAAUACAGAGAUCUAAAUAUUAUGAAUCAGUUCAGACUUUGCACCAAAUCAUGAUUAAAGAAAAUUAAAUAUAUGUUGAGUUCAUACAUUACACUAAGCCAUAAAGUAGCUUGUUUGGCUUACGUGAUAUGUAAAGCCAACUGUAAACCAUGAUUUAUGGCUUAAGAUUAUGUGUGAACAGGGUUAUUUACUCAAGAAACUAUGAUUAAAACUAACCAUAUGUUAACAGUUACAGUCUUAACAUGAUGCCCAAAUGGAGAAAUUUGUUUGCAGCUGACCAGCAAAGAUUCAGUCAAAUCAUGCUUUGUGCAACGAAAGGUCUCACUUGACAUUUUAAAUUAACAAAUCAUAAUUAAACCAUUAGUCUUCAUUCAAAGACUAGUGUGUUGAAGAAUUGAUGAAUAUGCAUCUUUAUGUUUUAUACCUGCAUCAGUGGCAUGGGUUCUAGUAUAAUUAACAACAUCUUAUGUGAUAAGAUAUUUGAACUGACCACUUAUAACUCCUCAUGAAACUAUACACAUGUUGCCGCAGUUAAUGUCACUGCCUGUGUGUCCCAAAACCAUGAACAUGGGAAGCAGAUUGAUUAAUAUCCGCCACACUUACUAUGCACGGUCAUGCAUUUUGUAGCAUAACAGAACAUGAUUUUAAAGUUGUGCGAAAAGUAUACAUUUCUGUAAAACUGGGAAAUGUGUGUUUAUACUUUCCUUUAAAAACUUUCUUAAAGAAGUACAAUCUUAUGCUGGAAUUUCCCAUUUCUUUUUGCACUUUCCUGUAAGUGUGCUUUUUUCAGAUCAACUGAAUGUUGAUCGACUGGUUGAGACAAGAAUUGACUAACCAGCUUGUCUCCUGAGCCUCAUAUUUUGAGUUGAAAGAGAGUAAGUGGCCCGAAGUCACCCAGCCAACUUUCAUGGCUAAGGCGGGACUAGAACUCACAGUUUUCUGGUUUCUAGCCUUGUGCCUUAUAUUCAGUAGACCAAACUGACUCUCACAUCUUAUGCUGUAUCUUAUACUUUUUGUUUGGGAGUUAGCUUUAUUUAAUUCAGUUGGAAUUACUUUCUAAGUAAAGAUGCAUAGAAUUGUACUGCUGAUUAAGCUAAUAUAUAAUAAUGUUAUUAUUAUAUGUUACUAAUAGUUCAGAACAUUUAUCUUUCAUUGCCGGAGUGGUAUGCAUGCAACAAUCAUAAGCCAGUACUGUGGGGAGUUAAAACUACAGGUUAAACAUCCACUGUCUAGCUGGAAAAAGACAUAAUUAGUUGAAAUUUUCUACAUUUUUAAAUAAGUAAUAUUACAUAGGAAAAUUACGAUCAAAAAUUUUAUAUGAAGAUGUAUUUCUACAUUCCAUUUAAUUGUUCGAUUCCUUUUGCUAAGCAGUUAGUGUGUAAGGUACCAUAAUAGCUAUAACAUAGGUGUGGAAAGCCAUUCAGCAUCUUCUCCAGCAUCUUCAGAUUACAACCAGUCAAAUUUUGAAAUCUGGUGGCCCAGAUGCUGAUUGGUAACAAUGCUGUUCCUUUCUCCCACAAACAGUUUGGGAAAACAAAAGGCACAAAGUGGAUACAAACUUUAAACUAUUCUCUUUAUCCUUUAACUUAAAUCUAAUUUGAGUCAAACACAACUUGUGGUGAUCUUAAACUGUUGCUAGCAAAACUUUAGAUGAUCAUGUCUGUAAAUUGCCAUUUUUCAAUUUUUCUUGAGGCUAAUUUAUAGCUUCUGUUUAUUACUUGGGGGUUUUCCAAGUACUCUUAGCUUCUAAGGCCAAGCAAGGUCAGCCAAAUGCUUAAUCCCUCUCUCUAAAAGUAGUCUAAAAAUGUCUCCUUAGGGUCAUGUUAUAUCCUUGUAGAUAGGAUUUGCUCUAAUAUGACGCUUGCUCUAAUAAAUAAAAACAGGGUUUGCUUUAAUGUAGAUUAAAGGUAAAAUUAAAUGUAGAAUUCAAGCAUAUAUCACAGGAUUCUCCCUCUGCCAGGGCCUAUCUUUCUACGUGUGGUAUAUAAUUAUUAAACUAUUUCACUGUUUGUUAAAUUUAAAUUUACUGAUAAAGAAUUAAAGGGAGACUAGUAUAGGAUUUGAUGAUCCUUGGUUUUACAAUAUGCCCAAUACCAGAGCUGAGAGAUUUUGCAGGUCUGGGACAAUCACAUAAAAGUUAGUUUUUUAGUGAAGCUAGUGGUUUAUAUUCAGUUUCUAGUUUGCAUGGUUUAGAAAUGUUGAAAAUAUAAUCAAACCUUAAGCAAAUGACAGAAAGAAAAUUACAUUUCAACUCUUACAACUUCUGAGCCUUUGGGGAUUGUCCAAAGUUUUGAGUUCAUCGUAAUUUUCCUGUUGCCUCUGAAUGGAAUUGUCCACCACACAUUAAUUCAAAUGUGCAAGGACAUUCAGAACUUCGUAUCUUCUAAAGAAUAUUCAUCAAUGUUAAUGUUGCUUAUUAAGAUAAAAUUGGUUUCCCAACAGAUAAUAUGUUGACCCAGUGUCUAUGAGGAUUCUCAAUCAUCCAGGUCAUGGUUGCCCCAAAGGUAACUGGUUUUUUUUGGUUUUUCCUUGAAAACAUCUUGCUUCUCAUCCAAGAAGCAUCAUCAUUUCUGAAGAAUGGAUGAGAAAUGAAACAUUUUCAAAGAAAAACCAAGAAAGUCCAGUUGUCUUUUGAAAAGCACCUUUGGGACAUGUUGACCCCAAUAUGCUUUUCUUCUGCAAAGAAAGUUUUUUUAAUAUAUGACUUAACAUUUACAGUUAUUUGACAAUGGGUUUUAUACAGAGCAAAAUGUUCACUUACAUAUAUAAAUAUUCUUUGUUGUAAAAUAAAGAGUUAAUCAUUGGUAACCCUUUGCAAACUAGCUAUGUAUUCCCCCUUGCUUUGAAAUAUUUUCUUGAUAGAAAAUGUGUAAAACACAAAGCAAUUCUAUCAUGAGUUAAGUGCAAAUGUUAAAAAGAUCUCAAUUACAAAGCUAGUGGCUGUCAUUGUUUGAACUCAAUCUGUUAUUUGCAUGUAGCAACUUCAUUCUAUAUGUACUUAUCUCAGAAAAUCAACCUGGAGGGUGAACUUUGGGCUUCUAGUUAUCGUUCAGGAAAUAGUGUAUCCUGCCUUUUGGGAAUCAUAUUUGAAAGCAGGCUUUCUUAUAUUAUAUUAAGAUAAAUAAUCUUUUAGAAUUCACAUUGAUCUCAGUUAUGCAGCAUACUACCUCAUAUGGGCUCCAUUUGAACCCUUGAGGAGUGGAUAAGGGAGAGAUUUCCUUUAACCUCCCCCUCACAGAUUAAUAAUAAAAAGCACAUGAUUAGCACUUAGGAGAGAGUAAAGACUGUGUAGGCUUCAAAAAUGAUGUACAAGAAGUGCUUCAGAACUCAGAUGGGACAGUGGUGUCUUGAUAUUACUAAAAAAAUACCCCAACUUUUUUCAAGCUUCUCAUGAGCUUGAAAAAGAUGUGCUGCUGCUUUAAGAGUCUCCUUAGCCUUAACCAUGCUGGCUAGGGAAUUCUGGGAGUUGAAGUCCACAUAACUUCAAAUUUCUAAAGUUGAGGUACACCUUAAGGCAGGGGUGUCAAACUGCCAGCCCAUUGGCUGGUUGCAUCAUACAAAGGCCGUGCCCACCCCAGCUCCGGAUUCCUUAAAGGAGCACCACCCUUUUUUUUUUAUGUUCAGGGUGAAUGCUGUAAAGUCAGUCUAUUUUAAUCAGAAGCUGAGAAAUAGUGCAUUUCUUCAAAAUAAUUUUCAAAGCGUGCAUUGCCCUAAUAGAGAGCACUUUCAGGAUGUUGCGCCUCCUAAGCACACUCUCAUAGAAAAAAGUUCGAAAUAAAUCAAUGAGAUGUAUAGUACUUGAAUGUUAUUACAAUGUGAUUGAAGUUGUUAGAUUCUAAUGUAAAGCACAACUAAUGGUGAUUUGAAAUGAAGAUAAGAUAAACCUAUAAUCUAAUUUUUGUAGUUUAAUCUGACUCCAAAAUCUUUUCAAUUGUGUUUUUCCAUCGGAAGUAUUUGGAAAGAUAUGAAGAGAGAUAAUAUUGAUAUUACAAACUAAUUGUACAAUCCCUUCCUUUUUCUUAUCUGCUAAAUUUUAAUUUCUCCAUUUCUAUUUCAUUCUGCAUAGUAUUGCUUUCCCUGAAAAUAAUGUACAUAUGUAGGUAAGCAUUUAGAAAAUGAUGAUAAUCCUGUGCUUUUUUUCUCAACAAUCCCACAGGAUAAGAAUUAUUUUACCCUAAGUAGGUUUAAAGAUAUUGUAUCCCUGGGGACAAUUGGAUUUUGUAUUUAUUUUUGUUGGACGUAUUUUGUUCCUGAAUACGUUGCUGUUUCUUCAGAUGGAAUCUGUGUUUGGUUUCUUCAGUUCAGUCAGCUUGCAGCAGGACUUAUGAAUGCAGGGGUGGGUCUGUAUGUGUAUAAGCUAAGGCAGGGGUCUCCAAACUUUGCAACUUUAAGACUUGUGGAAUUCUGGGAGUUGAAGUCCACAAGUCUUUAACGUUACUGAGUUUGGAGGCCCCUAAGCUAAGGGUUAUCUUUUUGGGACCAAUAAACCCCAGUGAUUUUUCCUUGGCUUUAAGUAAUAUAAUAGUCAGAAUAUCCUGUUUUUAAAUUAAAGUGUGUGUUAGCAGAAAAAACAAUUUUCUCUGAAAUUCAGUAGUUAAACUAUUUUGGCUUAAGCUGGCUGAGGAAUUCUGGGAGUUGAAGUCCACAAGUCUUAAAGUGGUCAGGUUGAGGACCCCUGGCUUAAAAGCACACGUAUAACUUCCUUCUUUAUAACCUUUUCCAGAUUAAAGCUCUUUUUAAAUAGGAUGGUAAAAAGUUUAAGUUCGUAUUAAUUGCCUGUAAAGUUUCUGGGAACUUGAUUUGGGUGCUUUUGCAGAUUUGAGUUAGUGCUCUUUCUGUGAAAUUCCCAAAUCUUUCAUUUUUAUUGAAUGAUGUAAAUUCUGAUAUGCCUGGUAUUUAAAUGGGUAAUCAUUAUAAUUCACUGUGCACCUUAAUCAACAGCUGAAAGGGCUAUUUUUAAUGUCCCUUCACUUUCAGUUGUUAAGCAUUUCAUUGACGUGCUGCGAAUUGCAAUUGAAGACCUAGCAGAAAUUCCUCUUAAUCCAGGAACUGAUAUCUGUCUUAAUGGCAGGUCUGGAUGCUGGAAGAAGGAUUAGAAAUAAUUAUAGUUAAUGUCUGUAACAUUGCUCAACAAGGCUAGUGAAGAAGGGAAGAGAUCUUGUUCCAUGGAGUGACAUUAAUAGCUGAGUCUGGCUCCCAGUUUACUAAUUAUUUAGCAAGAAAACUUGUUUUUGCAUAGGCCAAUUACAGAAUUUAGCAUGAAUUCCUGACUGCUUUUAUGUCAGCUACUCUGAUGUUUACUAAAUAAUUCUUGUUGCAUAAUAAAAGGAAGAAAGCCCAAUAUGAAUUUAUUUCAGUGAAUGGAUCCCAUAGUAGAAUGUAAUAGGUUACCAACAAUUCUGAAUAUUUCUACUUUCAGCUUUUCCUAUUCCCAGCUAAUACAGUAUAAAGAUUAAAUGGAACAUUUCUGGAACAUUUUAGAUUAUCACAGCUAAUUAUUAAAGAAGAUGAAUGUGCAUGUGAUGUAUGAUGAAGCAUGUUUCUGUAGUGCAUUAUGUAAACAUUUUGCUCCCUGCAUUCAUAGAAAUGUUUCUACUACCUGUUUAUUAUUGCUCAAGUACAAAUGAAUUGCAAGAUAUGUUAAUUUUCUCAUUUCAGUGUGAAUCUAAAGCUGGCUGUCAGAUUGAUUUGACAUAAGUUAAGAUAAAAAUGCUGGACAUCAUCUUGCCAAAGUUAGGUAAAUGACUAUCAAUGAGAAAGCCACUUUGGUUAAGUAAGCCUCACUGAAAAAUAGCUUCUGUGUCACAAAAAAAAAGUAUUUAAGCACAGGGAUACCAAAUGUAAUUAUCACUUUUAAAAGUAGCACUUCUGUUGUUCAUAUUCUUGGAUGUAAAUAAAUGAAAUGGUCUGUAAUGCAGUGCUUUUUUUUUAUAGUUUUAGCACUAUUGACUUCUUAGUCUUGACCUUUAAACAAAGUUGUGAUCUUAGUGGCACUGUGUUCGAAAUUUUAAUAAUUAUAGUUUUGAUAGAUUUGUAGUUUACCACAUUGCAUGCACUAUUCCUUUUCCCAUUCUGGAAUAACUCCUUUCAGGACAAAGCUUGAUUUAUGCUAAUAUUAAAGAAUUAAAUAAACUGGAAAAUGAGUAACCAAAGCAAAUAAUUGGUUUGCCUAUAGAACAGACUGCAGUUCUGUCUCAAAAAAAAAAAAAAAAAAAUUCUCAAAAAA